AUGCAGAUGCAUCACGAUGUCAAGGGCCAGCUUCCACCGAGUGUACUUCGGAUUGUCGUGGGCACGGUUCGUGGCAAACCCGUCUACGGAGCGGGAAUGUCUGGUUGGGUGACACUCUUUCCUUUUCUAGAGGAAGAGAAUUUCUACGAGGAACUGGACCUCGAAAAAGGUCCCAAUGAUUUUGAGAAUAGAGAAUUAGUAGCCCGCACUCCCGCGGUUCAUUUGUGCCCAUCGAUGCCAGACUUAGAGCUAGACCCAGGCUCGUCUAGUUAUGCUUUGUCGACCGGAUCGGAGUACUACCGGGACUACGAAAAUAAUGGCGCAGUCAUCGACGCCUUAAAUGUGUACGACAGAGAGGAUGAAGAAGGCGGAUGCAAGCCUGCGAUCGAGCCUGCAACAGCUUCAGGGACAGUGUCGGUCGAGGGAAAACCAAUUUCGGGAAUGGUCGUCACCCUGCAGCCAAUUGGAACGACAACAGGCCCCAAAGCCACGGCUGCAAUCGUAAACGGUAACUUUACGUUCGAUGAGAAGGCCCGGUUGCAUGGUGGACAGUACCUCGUCAGGUUCACUGUCAUGCCAUCAAGUCUCAUUUCACGAUUGCCGGAGGAGGCGAGCGAAACCGCUGUGCCUGCCGGUUCCGUAGUACCACGCAAAUACGAUAUUGACAGCAAGCUAACCUGGAACCUCACUCCAGGUGCAGAGAAUACCUCGACGUUCGAAAUCGAGCUUCGACAGCCCGACCCUUAG